UUUGCUGCAAAACACCCUCCCCACCCUUGCGGAGAAAGAGUCUUUUGUGCAGCACCCUUUAAAGGGAGACUCGUCCCACUUGGGUUCUGUCUUCUGGUGCAGGGUUACAGGCAAGUUUAUUAGAGCAUCGCCAUGAAGUUCGUCCCCUGCCUCCUGCUGGUGACCUUGUCCUGCCUGGGGACCUUGGGUCAGACCCCGAGGCAAAAGCAAGGAAGCAAUGGGGAGGAAUUCCACUUCCAGACUGGAAGGAGAGAUUCCUGCACUAUGCGCCCCAGCAGCUUGGGGCAAGAUGCUGGAGAAGUCUGGCUUCGCGUCGACUGCCACAACACAGACCAGACAUACUGGUGUGAGUACAGGGGGCAGCCCAGUGUGUGCCAGGCUUUUGUUGCUGACCCUAAACCUUACUGGAACCAAGCCCUGCAGGAGCUGAGGCGCCUUCACCAUGCAUGCCAGGGGGCCCCAGUGCUGAGGCCAUCCGUGUGCAGGAAGGCUGGGCCCCAGGCCCACAUGCAGGUGACUUCCAGCCUCAAGGGCAGCCCAGUGCCCAACCAGCAGCCUGAGGCUGGGACGCCAUCUCUGAGACCCAGGGCCACAGUGAAACUCACAGAAGCAACACAGCUGGGAAAGGACUCAAUGGAAGAGCUGGGAAAAGCCAAACCCACCACCCUACCCACAGCCAAAGCUACCGAGCCUGGACCCAGGCCUGGAGGGAAUGAGGAAGCAAAGAAGAAGGCCUGGGAACACUGUUGGAAACCCUUCCAGGCCCUGUGUGCCUUUCUCAUCAGCUUCUUCCAAGGGUGACAAGUGAACUACAGAGCUGACCUCUCCCUGACAGAGAACCAUCUCUUUUUGUAUUAUGCCGCUUUCAGUCCAACGUUCUCACACUGGAAGAAGGGAGUUUCUAACCAGAUGCAACUGGCCAAAUUCUUGAUCUGCAGCUUCUCUGAAGUUUGGAAAAGAAACCUUCCUUUCUGGAGUUCACAGAGUUCAGCAAUAUGAUAGGGAUCAGGUGCUGGUGGGCCCAAGAGUGACAAGCGUACACAUCUACUUUUUAUCUGUAGAAGUUUUGCUUUGUUGAUCUGAGCCUGCUAUGAAAGUUUAAAUCUGUAAGGCAUUCAUGAAUUUCCAGUUUAGCCUUCUGAGCAAGACAUGAAUUUGUCACAUUUCAUUGCAUGGCAACAUGGACUUGGAGUUAGAGGAAGUUCAGUAAAUAGCAGCUAUGUGUGUGCAAAAUAAAGGAAGGAUUUCAGAAA